GAAGGAGCUGGUGUUGCUGACUUAGCCCAAGACUGCUGCGGUGGGAGCUCCCGCUGCUGGCAGGACCAGGAGCGGGGGAGGAGACUGCAGCUCCUUUCCCCCUCUUCCCUUGCGUUUACAUUUCUUUCUUUCCGCCUUCCUUAGUCGUCCUCUUCUCCUCUUUAUUUUCUCCUUCUCUCCCUCCUUUUCCCCAGUAUUCCUCUGCCGCCUGUGUUUGGGCUGAGAGCUGGCUGGGGAGGGCGCUAAAAGAGGGGGAAGAGUGGGGGUGAAAGAUUUCCCUGCCUGUCGGGGGGUUGUUUGGAAGAGGCGAUCGUAUCUGCAGCCGAAGGAUUAACAGCUAAACUUUUAUUGCAGCCUCUGUGCUGUGUGUGUAAGUAAAUGGGGGAAGUCUCCGCUCAAAGAGGGAACGUAUCUUGUUUCCUUUUGACAGAUGCAGUUGGUGGGGUGGGGAACAAUGAACAUUUUCUUUAGGACAUAAAGUGAAGGAAGAAAAAACUCUCCUCUCCUCCCCCCCCCCUUCAAGAAUCUACAGCAUCCUCCUCCCCCCAGCCGUGAAAUGAAUGGAAGAAUCUCCGGGAUUUUCUUCUGCUCUUCCUCCUGGACUAUAGGAGUGAGGGGAUCUCUCUCUACGUACAUCCAUCUCUCUAUCUCUCCAUCCAUCUCCGGGAGGAUUUGAGGCGGUGCAAUGUGCUUUCAGCCGCUUGCUGCUGCUGCCUGAUACCAUGCAACACGCAGAGAGAGGGUUUUGCAAAAAUGGAUUUGUUCGAUUUUAAAGGAUUUCUUCUCUAAUAAGGAUUGCAUUGCCCACAAAUAUGACUAAAUCUCCUGUCUGGUAAAUCUUCCUGCCCCCUCCCCUUUGGGCUCCCUCCCUCCACCCCUUCAGAGGAGCAAGCCCAGGGAGCUGAUGACGGACCCAUUAAUCCUUCCUUCAAUGCAUCAAAAGAACCCAAAGGUCUGGGAAACGUUGGGCUUGAAAUCCUACAGGAAAUGCUUCGACCGGCUUUUGGUUUUGUAUGAAACUGGUGAUUAGGGGUGGGGGGGUUGUGCGAGCGAACCCCCUACUCAUUUGCCCCUGCCUCUUUCCUGGCCCCUUUUGAUGUGCUCUUUGCCAGGUGCUUGUCCUCCGGUCUCUCUCUCUCUCUCUCUCUGGCCCGUCGCCGCCAGUUAUGCAGACUCCCUGUCGUACUCAGCGCCUGCUGCUUUUGAUAUGAUUCACAGAUGAGGGUGUUGAUGAUGAUCGCUCUGGUGUGAUGGGGUUGAGACGCCGGUGAUUGUUUGGAGGCGAGGAGGAGAGAAAGGAAGGGCUGCUACUGCUGCUACUACCCUUCGCUGUGUGUGUGGGCUUCAAUUUUCCUACUCCAUCCUCUCCCCACCACUGGAAGUCCUCCCGUAUCUAAAUGGAAUUAGUGGAGAUCGAAGCCCCUUGUGUAAGGAACAGACAUGAUCCAUGGGCGCAGUUUGUUUCACAUUGUAGCAAGUCUAAUCAUCCUACAUCUGUCUGGGGCAACAAAAAAAGGAACAGCAGAAAAGCAAACCACUUCAGAAGGGCAGAAACCAGUGCAGUGUGGAACUUGGACAAAAUAUGCAGAAGGAGGCAUCUUCACUUCUCCCAAUUACCCCAACAAGUAUCCUCCUGACAGAGAGUGCAUCUACAUUAUAGAAGCUGCCCCUCGACAAUGUAUUGAGCUACACUUUGAUGAAAAAUAUUCUGUAGAGCCUUCUUGGGAGUGUAAAUUUGAUCACAUUGAAGUGCGAGAUGGACCUUUUGGCUUUUCCCCAAUCAUUGGACGUUUCUGUGGACAGCAAAAUCCACCUAUGAUAAAAUCUAGUGGCAGAUUCCUGUGGAUUAAAUUUUUUGCUGAUGGUGAGCUGGAAUCUAUGGGUUUUUCCGCUCGAUAUAAUUUCACACCUGAUCCGGACUUUAAGGACCUGGGAGUUUUGAAACCAUUGCCAGUUUGUGAGUUUGAGAUGGGAGGACCUGAAGGAAUUGUGGAAUCUGUGCAAAUUGUGAAGGAAGGAAAAGCUUCUGAUACGGAGGCGGUUGACUGUAAAUGGUACAUCCGAGCACCACCACGAUCCAAGAUCUAUUUACGAUUCUUGGACUAUGAAAUGCAGAAUUCAAAUGAAUGCAAAAGGAAUUUUGUGGCUGUCUAUGAUGGAAGUAGCUCGGUGGAGGAUUUAAAAGCUAAAUUUUGUAGCACUGUUGCUAAUGAUGUGAUGCUGCGUACAGGUCUUGGGGUAAUCCGUAUGUGGGCAGACGAAGGCAGUCGAAACAGCCGAUUCCAGAUGCUCUUCACAUCUUUCCAAGAACCCCCCUGUGAAGCCAACUCAUUUUUUUGCCAUAGUAAUAUGUGUAUUAAUAAUACAUUGGUCUGCAAUGGACUCCAGAACUGUGUGUAUCCUUGGGAUGAGAACCACUGUAAAGAAAAAAGAAAGGCUAACAUUUUGGACCAACUUACCAAUACCAGUGGGACUAUAAUUGGGGUGACCUCUUGCAUUGUGAUCAUCCUCCUUGUUAUCUCUGUUAUAGUACAGAUCAAACAACCUCGUAAAAAAUUUGUCCAAAGGAAAACAGACUUUGAUCAAACAGUAUUCCAGGAGGUGUUUGAGCCUCCUCAUUAUGAGUUAUGUACUCUUAGAGGGACAGGGGCUGCAGCUGACCUUGCAGAUGUUGCAGAUGACUUUGAAAAUUAUCAUAAACUGCGGCGAUCAUCUUCAAAAUGCAUUCAUGACCAUCACUGUGGAUCACAACUGUCUAGCACUAAGGGCAGCCGUAGUAACCUCAGCACAAGAGAUGCUUCUAUCUUGACAGAAAUACAACCCCAGCCUGUAAAGCCCCUCAUCCAGCCCAUGAACAGGAGAAAUAUCCUUGUCAUGAAGCAUAGCUACUCACAAGAUGCUGCAGAUGCGUCUGAGAUAGAUGAAAUUGAAGAGGUACCAACUACAAGUCACAGGCUGUCAAGACAUGAUAAAUCUGUCCAGCGCCAUAACAUUCCAGGUUCUGCCUCAUUGGGUCUCUAAGCAAACAUGAGUCUGAGUACAACACAACUAGGGUCUAAAAGACAAAUUCAAGGUAAGUAAACAUACAUGAAUGCCACGUGCACCAUCUGUUGCAUUCCAUUAUAUAUUGUUUUAUUUGAAAAAGUUUGAUAGUUUUUAAGAUAUAUGCUAGCGAGGUAAAAUCUUUGUAUAUAGAGAGUCAGUUUUUAAUGUGUAUAUAUAGAGAGAAUUUAAAAUUGCAGAUGACUGCUUAAUGAUAUAAGCUAAACAUUAAAUCUAUUAAAAUUCUUAUACUUGAUAGCUUUGUUACAUCCCACUGCUAACUAUGAUCUGCAUUUUAAGCACAUUAUAAAGACAGAUGCUUUGCAUGGAUGUGGUGUUUCAUGUUUCAUUUAUGAAAAUUACAUUUUAAAAGUCCUAUCAUGUGAUACAGUAUGUAAAAUCUAGCAGCCUAACUUAUUUUAGUUAUGAAGAUAUGAAGCUACCUGUUGUCAAUUCAUUUGAAUAAUUCAACAGUCAAGUGUGGUGAGGCAGAGUUUUGUUAGUUUUGGGAGUCAGUGGUGUCAUUUUAAUAUUUACCAUUUGCAGAUCAUUUUACUUGUCAUUUAUUAGGCUGUUCAUUGGAAAUUAAUUUAUUACCACCACCAUUUAUCUGAAUAAAUAUCAUCUCAACUUUCAUAAUGAAGUUACAGCUAGAUUAUAGGCUAUACACAAUUGUUAUAUAUACAAUUAUUAUACAGAUGUUUAUAAGUGUAAAUAUCUAUUUUGUAGGGAGAAAGUGUAAAUGCUUUAAUGUUUUUUACAUAGAUAAAUAUAUUUGUGUACCUAUGUUUUCCUUUAUAGGGAGAAAAUGUUUUAACUGUGUUUUGUUUUCAGAGAAGAACUAUUUACACAAACAUGGGGACUGUGAAAAGAAAAAUCUAUAGUGAAUUAUUUCAACUGUCUGGAAAAAAAGUGCAUAUAUUUCUAAAUUUCAUUCCACUGCCUUUAUCCAAACCUAAGAGUUAUAGACGUUUCUUACUUCCUCAGCAAGAUAUUCCCAUUGCAUAAUAACAUGUUUCUUUUGUAAUUUCGUUGCUGGCCACAAAGUGCUCCUUAGUUUUUAAAUACAUUUUGAGAUUUACUGGAAACUUGAAGAAGAAAUUAGUUCCUGGCUGAAACUAUCCUAGUUUUACUUUUUAUGUUAGUAUUAUUUCAGUUAAUACAUUUAUGUCUUUAUCAGCUUGUCUAUUGUGUAAUACGUGAAAGAAGAUGAUUAUACAUUGAACUUUUGUUAUAUGUACAUUGUUUUCAUUAUAUAGAAUGCUUGAGAAUAGUGCACUCCUGAGUGAUUUUGAACAUGCUACAAUGAAAUGUGAAACUAUGGACCAUGGAAACACCAGCUAGAGGUUUUAUGGACUCUCUGACCACCUUUUCUCAUGAUAUCAUGAUAUGAUAAAGUUCAGCAAACUGUACUGAGUAAAAUUAUUAGAUGGCAAUAAGACUCUAAAUAUUAUCAUUAUUAGUCAUUUUUCUUUUCUUUUUUUCCUCUCUUUAAAUUUGAUUACGAAGUAAGAUACCCAAUUUCAGGAACAAUGUAUUGAAAUCAGGUAUUUAGCCAUUCAUAAUCACUUCAAUAGAAAUGUUUGUUGGAUAUGCAUCUAGCAAAAUGACUGAAUUUGACCACUGAGAAAAUAAUCUGCAUGUAUGUUACUGAAUAUUUGAGUUGGCAAAAAAAUCUCUUUUAUUAGAUACAUUGUAAAAAGCAUGCAUUCACAAUUACUGUUGUUACUGUUCCAUUUCUUUGUGUCAUAUGCUUGCUACUUGUAACUUUUUAUAUAAAGAUACAUAAAACAA